AUGGUCAGAAUACACACCACUCACAUCGCUACCCCCUCUCACCCGACUCCGUUGCGCCUCAGUGCAAGAGCGAGGAAAUUGAUGGAAGCCUCUGUCUCAUCCAAGACUCAAGGUCGCAAACACAACAACAUCGCUGAAUUUUUGGACUGGGCCCACCAACAUCGUCUACACGCCAAGGACGUUUUACCUGCUUCCGAAGUCACACUCUGUGAAUAUGCUGCAGAAUUUGGAGGGAAACUAGCUGGUGCCUCAGUCAAAGCCAAGCUUUCUGCAAUCAAAGGUUGGACUAUCAUGAAGGGAUACGCCUGGCAGGGUGGAGAUCGUCUUCGGAAGGUUCUCGCUGGUGUAGAACGCUCCGCUCCGCCCUCUUCUUUCAGGCCAAAGCGAGUGUCACGAAGCGGCAGAGGCGGAGUGACUAACGGAGCGGGAAAGCGGAGCGACUGA